AAAGAGCAAUAUUUUAGAUUGUCGGGCAAUUAUGAAUGUCAAAUCGUGAAAAUUAGACACUGACAGAAAUUUCGUAAUCAUAUCAUCGUUUGCUGAAGAGCCAUCUUUUGCACAGCCUCCACACACUAACGGUCUUGAGUCAUGACGGAGUUCUGGUUGAUCUCGGCCCCGGGAGAGAAGACUUGUCAGCAGACAUGGGACAAGCUAAUGAUGGCCACCACCCGUACCAACAACCUGUCCACCAACAACAAGUUCAAUAUUCCUGACCUUAAGGUUGGGACGCUAGAUGUCUUAGUGGGGCUGUCAGAUGAGCUUGCCAAACUGGACUCUUUUGUUGAAAGUGUGGUGAAGAAGGUAGCUCAGUACAUGGCCGAUGUGCUGGAGGACGGCCGAGAUAAAGUGCAGGAGAACCUGCUGGCGAACGGAGUGGACCUGGUCACCUACAUCACAAGAUUUCAAUGGGAUAUGGCCAAAUAUCCUAUUAAGCAGUCUCUGAAGAAUAUAUCUGAGAUUAUAUCCAAGCAAGUAACACAGAUUGACAAUGAUCUGAAGGCUCGAGCGUCAGCCUACAACAACCUGAAAGGCAACCUGCAGAACCUGGAGAGAAAGAACGCGGGGAGUCUGUUGACAAGGAGCUUGGCUGACAUUGUCAAGAAAGAAGACUUUGUGCUUGACUCUGAGUAUCUCAUCACUAUGCUGGUUGUAGUACCUAAGACAAGUUAUGCUGACUGGCAGAAGACCUAUGAAACCCUGGCCGAGAUGGUGGUGCCUCGAUCCACAAAUCUGCUAUUUGAAGACCAGGACAGUGGCCUCUUUAGUGUCACUCUUUUCAGGAAGGCUGUUGAUGACUUCAAGCACAAAGCCAGAGAGAACAAAUUUACUGUUCGAGACUUUCAGUACAAUGAGGAGGAAAUGAAGGCAGACAAGGAGGAGAUGACCAGGCUUUCCACUGACAAGAAAAAGCAGUUUGGGCCGCUGGUACGAUGGCUGAAGGUGAACUUCAGUGAAGCCUUCAUUGCUUGGAUCCACAUUAAAGCGCUCAGAGUUUUUGUGGAAUCUGUGUUAAGAUAUGGGUUGCCCGUGAACUUCCAAGCAAUGCUGUUACAGCCCAAUAAGAAGAACAUGAAGAAACUGAGGGAAGUUCUCUAUGACCUGUACAAACACCUGGACAGCAGUGCAGCUGCAAUCAUAGAUUCUGCCAUGGACAUUCCGGGUCUGAACCUGAGCCAACAGGAGUACUAUCCCUAUGUGUACUACAAAAUCGACUGCAACCUGCUUGAUUUCAAAUAG